AUGGCUGUGCUUCGGACUGUUCUCACCACGCUCGUCGCCGCCUCGGGGGCUCUUGCCGCUUCACGGCCUUACUCGUCUGCCUACCUCGAGAAACAAUUCCCGCAGACCUUCACUGACUCGUACAACAUCCUCAAACAUGUGGGUGGGAUCGGCCCGUAUUCAGAUCGUGUGGGCUAUGGGAUCGACCCCAAUCCCCCGCAAGGCUGUGCUGUAGACCAGGUCAUCAUGCUGAUGCGCCACGGGGAGCGAUACCCGGACACCACGACAUACGGGAGGAUCGAAGCCGUGCUCAACAAGCUGUAUACCGCCGGCGUUUCCCAGUGGUCCGGGGACCUCGCCUUCCUGAGUGACUGGACCUUCUACAUCACCGAGCCGGGCUACCUCGAACAGGAGACCUUCUCAGGCCCUUAUUCGGGCCUCUUGCACGCCCUGAGACAAGGCACCGAGUAUCGCGCUCGCUACGGCCACCUGUGGGACGGCGACUCGGUGGUGCCCAUCUUUGCGAGUGACUACGAGCGCGUCAUCGAGACGGCGCGCUAUUUCGGCAUGGGCUUCUUCGGCUACAACUACUCGACCAAUGCCGCCAUCAAUGUGAUCUCCGAGAAUGCCACCCGCGGAGCAGACAGUCUGACGCCCAGCUGUCCUGCCGACACGGGCUUGCUCGCGUGCUUCUACGCUUCGAGGACUUUGCCGCAGUUCAACGUGGCCGCGGCGAGGUUGAAUGCGCAGAAUCCAGGCCUCGAUCUGAAUUCUUCCGACAUCGUGACACUGAUGAGCGUGGCCCCCUACGAGCUCCAAGCUCGUUCCUAUUCACCGUGGGUGGACGCGUUCACACUCGACGAAUGGGUGGCAUUCGGGUACAUUCAAGACCUGACCUACUACUAUUGUUCGGGCCCUGGAGAUCCAUAUGAGGUCGCAGUCGGCCAAGUCUUUGCGAAUGCGUCCCUUGCACUGCUUGAAGCCGGCCCGAGCCACGGCACCAUGUGGUGGAACUUCGCCCAUGACGCCAACAUCACCCCCGUUGUCGCGGCGCUGGGCCUGGACGUGCCCGCGUCACCCCUCCCAAAUGACACGAUCCCCUUCCCCAACCCGUACCGAUCCACCGACAUCGUCCCCAUGGGCGGGCACCUCGUGCUCGAGCGGCUCUCGUGCAACGCGACCUCGGCCCCGACCGCGGCGGGCGUCUACGUCCGCGCCCUGAUCAACGAGGCCGUCGUGCCCUGGCCGACAUGCCAGUCCGGGCCGGGCUACUCGUGCCCGCUGGCCAACUACAGCGCCAUGAUCUCCCGCGCGCCCAACUUUGUGCAGAUGUGUAAUGUGUCUGCGCUGGGGUUUCCCGAGUACCUCGACUUCUGGUGGAAUUUUAACACGACCACCGAGCUGAACUUUCAGAACGGCAGCAUUCCCUGGGCGCAGACGUAUACCCACGUCAAUGGAUGA